AUGUUGUUAACUAAAUCUGUUGCUUUAGCCAUCUUGGCUGCCAUGGGUGCUCAAGCUUUGGUCAUCCCAGAAGCUGGUGUCAUUGACGUUUUCGGCAAAUCUAAGGCCGGUAAGGCCAUUGCUGUUGGCGCUGAAGCUGUUGCUGGCUCUGUGGAUGCUUUGACUGGUGCUGCCUCUGAUAAGGUCAGCGCCCAAUUCUUCCAAUCUGGCCGUAAGCUUAUCCCACAUAAGUAUAUCGUCGUUCUCAAGGACAAUGUAUCUAAUGAACAAGUGUCUUUCCACAAGGAAAUUGUCGCUGCUAAGCACUCUGAACACCUUAGUGCCCUGUCAGAAGUUCCAGAAACAUUUGUCGCCGCAACGAAGGAUACUGCUGGCGGUAUCUUGGAUUCUUUCAACAUUGACAAUUUACUUAACGGAUACACUGGUUACUUCCUUGAGGAAACACUUGAAUUUAUCCGUAACGACCCAUCUGUCGCCUUUAUUGAACAAGAUUCUACUGUCUACGCAUCUGAAUUCCAAGUUCAAAAGGGUGCUCCAUGGGGUUUAGCCAGAGUUUCCCACAGACAACCAUUAUCCUUAAACUCAUUUAACCAAUACUUGUUUGACAACAAGGGUGGUAAGGGUGUUACUUCUUAUAUCAUUGAUACCGGUAUCAACGUUGACCACGUUGAAUUCGGUGGAAGAGCCAAGUGGGGUUCCACUAUCCCAUACGGUGACGCUGACGCUGAUGGUAACGGUCAUGGUACCCACUGUGCUGGUACUAUUGGUUCUGAAGCCUAUGGUAUUGCCAAGGAAGCUGACCUUGUUGCCGUUAAGGUCUUAAGAUCUAACGGUUCUGGUUCCAUGUCUGACGUUGUCAAGGGUGUUGAAUUUGCUGCUAAGCUGCAUCAACAAGCUGUCAAGGACAACAAGAAGGGAUUCAAGGGUUCUACUGCUAACAUGUCUUUAGGUGGUGGUAAGUCACCAGCCUUGGAUUUGGCUGUCAAUGCAGCUGUUAAGGCCGGUUUGAACUUUGCCGUUGCUGCUGGUAACGAAAACCAAGAUGCUUGUAACACAUCACCAGCAGCUGCCGAAAAUGCCAUCACCGUUGGUGCUUCUACAAUUGCUGACGCUAGAGCUUACUUCUCCAACUAUGGUAAGUGUGUCGACAUUUUCGCCCCAGGUUUGAAUGUCUUAUCUACCUACAUUGGAUCUGACUCUGCCACUGCAACCUUAUCAGGUACUUCCAUGGCUUCUCCACACAUUGCUGGUUUAUUAUCAUACUUUGUUUCUUUACAACCAGGUGCUGAAUCCGAGUUCUUUGUUGCUGCUAACGGUGUUUCCCCAGCACAAUUAAAGAAGAACUUGAUUGCCUACGCUUCAGAAGACUUGUUAACUGACGUUCCAGACGAUGGAACUCCAAACUUGUUAGCAUUUAACGGUGCUGGCCACAACUUGACUGGAUUCUGGUCAGGAAAGGAAGUUCUUGAAGGUGAAUCCAAGGUCGCCCUGGGUUCUGUUUCGUUAGAAGAAAAGGUUGAAAGCAUGAUCUCUAAGGUUGAACAUGACUCCAUUGAAAUUUUCGAAGAUCUCAAGAAGUUGGUAGGAGAAGCAUACAAGGGUUUAUAA